AUGUACACACCGACUGUGUGUUGGAAUCCGGCCAUCGAAGAGAAUAAACAGAGCUCUAAAGCUCUUGAAGAAACGGUAAUGGAAAUUUCAAAGCAAAACAAGGAGGAAGAAAUUUUUAAGGAAAAAAUCGAAAAAGAUGAAAAUCAGACGGAAUUGAGUAGUAAUAAUAGCUGUGAUUGUACAGUUGAGAACGCUUUAACCGGAAAGGGAGGAGAAUUACAAGCUUCUCAAACCGGCAACGUAUCUUCUUCGGUGCUGCUAUUGGAGAGUGAUUUGCAGGCCGAUUUUAGUGCCUCAUCUCACCUUCUCUCGGAGGUUCCGAUCCAAUGCUCUCUGCAACCUCUGCAAUCGGUGGAAGAUUUGAAGGAUCAAGUAAGUUUGGUCCCUGAGGAACCUUUGAUGGGUAUUACUAGUCAAUCUGCCCAAGUUCAGGCACAGAGUCCGAGACAGGUUCCUGAUGGUUCGGCCAAGUUGGAGGUGUCACCUACUUCUAUUACGCCGUCCAUUUCAUCCAUCCUGAGUCCAACUUUACCCGAUCAAAAAUUGUCACAAGUAGGGAAUGGAAGCAAUCCAUAUAUUGCAGAACAGGACAAGCAGAAUCACCCGAAACCUCUGUCUUCUGUGCCUAUGCUGAAGACACCUUCUGAUGGGUACAACUGGCGGAAGUAUGGUCAGAAGCAAGUAAAGAGUCCAGAAGGUUCUCGGAGCUAUUACAGAUGCACUUUCUCUGACUGUAAUGCUAAGAAGAUUGAGUGCUGCAAUCGGUCUAACCAUGUCAUAGAGACUGUUUAUAGAAGUCACCACAAUCACGAUCCUCCUCAAAAAGUAAACUGCACUAUGGAAAAGCCUGCACUAUCAGUUGUGCCAGCUAAUGGGAGUAACAAUACAGCUCUAGCAGGUGGUGGUCUUAGUGAUGUUCUGUCUACUUCUUCCAAAGAACCUUUGCUAGAAAAGAUUCAGGUUCCUGAAACAAAACAACAGGACUCAAGUGGUUCUGAUGAGACAAUGGAAGUUAAUGGUAGCGAGGAGCAUGUUGACAAACCUGAACUUAAGAAACGGUUGAAGAAAAAUGCCGCAGAUGAUUCAGGAUCUUUUUCUAAACCAGGAAAGAAACCUAAAUUCAUUGUUCAUGCAGCUGGUGAUGUUGGGAUAUCAGGAGAUGGCUAUAGAUGGCGCAAGUAUGGACAAAAGAUGGUGAAGGGGAACCCUCACCCAAGGAACUACUACAAGUGUACAUCAGCGGGAUGUCCUGUUAGAAAGCAUAUUGAGAGGGCUGUAGAUAACACUAGUGCUGUAAUAAUAACCUAUAAGGGAGUGCAUGACCAUGACAUGCCAGUACCAAAAAAACGUCAUGGCCCAAUGAGCAGUCCUCUUGUUGCCGCUGCUUCUCCAGCAUCUGCACACAAUCUGCAACUCAACAAAACCGGACCACAUCAGAACCAAACUACCCAAUGGUCAGUGGACAAAGAAGGUGAAUUGACAGGUGAGGCAUUGAAUCUGGGUGGGGACACCACAGUGAAAUUAGCUCCAGCCCUUUUAAGCAUUGGAUUUGAAAUCAAACCUUGCUGA